AUGCCGGACACGCCGGGGGGGUGCCCCCCUCACCGCCCCAGCUCGGCCCUCAUCUACAGCAACGUGGGCGAGCUGCGUGCCCACCUCGUUCCCCGCAAGGCCAGCCGUGGGGAGGGCGCUGUGAGACCCCUCCCCCGGGCCCAGCCGGACCCGCUGCCGCCCCCCCUGCCCAAAAAGCAGCUCCAGCGAGCCGAGUCCCUCCCGGCGCCCGCACCAUCCCAUGACGACCCCGAGCCUCGGGCUGGCAGCAUCCUGUACAGCACCCCCACAGCACAGGGGGCUCCCCCGCGGGACAGACCCUCCAAGAAGCCCCUGAGCAAAUCCCAAAGCCUGGUGGAGCCGCUGCCCCCAAGCAGCCCCCAGAAAGCCCCUUCCAUCAGCCUGAAGGAGCUGAAGGAGCUGACAUUCGGGACAGGGGAUGGGGAGCUGGGGCAGCUCCUGGAGAGCCCAGCCGGGGUCCCUGGGGUGGUUUUGGGGUGCCAGGAGGCCGCCCUGGCCCGGCUCUCGGCUCUGCUGCAGGAGCAGCUGCUGGGGCCCGAGGAGAGGCAGCAGCUGCUGGAGGCAGAGCUGCUGGGCAAGCGCUGGGCAGCCCUCGGUGUCCUGGACCCCCAGCCCUGCUGCCAGAGCGGGGACGCCUGGUACUUCAGGGUGGGCUUCACCUUCCAGCACAGCCAGCUGCAGCUGGCAGCCAAGGUCCCCAAGCCGUGCUGCUCCAGCCUGGCCGUGCAGAGCUCCCUGGGCACCCACUGCAGCCUCCAGCGCCUGCUCGGCCGCUUCACCGACCGCCUCCCCCGGGAGCUGCUGCUGCCAGCACUCCCUGGAGCACAGAGCCCUUCCGGAGAGCAUCCAGCCCGUCCUGCCCCCCAGCCCCUCGUGCAGGUGCUCCUUUGUGCCGAGGUUCCCCAGCAGACCCUGGCAGAGUUUGUGAAGGGCUCCCACGCUCUGCACAGGAGCAGCCCCGGGCACUACGAGCGCCUGGGCUGCCUCCUGCUGCUGCAGCUCUGCAUGGGGCUGGAGCACCUCCGGGAGCAGAACGUGGUCCAGGGGGACCUGUGCCCUGAGAACCUGCUGCUGGUGCAGUGCCCGUGUCCCCCCCAGAGGCAGAAGGAGCUGCCAGGACUGUCCCUUCCACGGCUGCUCAUCAGCAGCUUCUUCAAGGUGCAGGAGAAGCAGAGACCUUGUUCCAGCAGCCAGGAACUGGACUGGAGCCACGCUCUGGAUGCACCUUCCACUCCAACAGCAGCUGAGCUGAACUUGGGCAGGCUGAUCUACCAGAUCUUGCACGUGGACAUCUCCCUGGAGAACAUUUUGGACUUUAGAAACAAAAGGCUUCCUGAAAUCCCCUCACUGUCCAUCUACUCAGCGGGACUGAAGCGCUUGGCCUCGCUGGUGCUGCACAGGGAUCCUCACCAGAGGGUGUCCAUCCUGCAGGCCAGGGCAAUCCUGCAGGUGCUGCUCUGGGGACCACGCCAGGAGCUCUUUGCCAGGAGCAGGAAGAGCCUGGAGCUGCUCCGGAGCUGGCUGCAGGUCAAGAGGGCUCUGCUGCUGCUGAGGUUUGCAGAGAACUCGGCUGGGGCUGGGGUCAGCCCUGGCCUGGAGGAGUGGCUGUGCUGCCAGUAUUUCCAGGGGGUCACUGAACACACCCUUUACCAGGUCACCCAGGUUCUCUAUGCUCCCUAAACAACCUCCAGAAGAGCCCACCCAAAGGCCUCCUAAAGCUCACAAGGGCCUGGCCAAACCUGUCCCUGGCCAAACCUGUCCCUGCCCAUGGCAGGGGAAUUGAAACUAAAUUAUUUUUAGGGUUCUCUCAGCCCAAAUCAUUCCAUGAUUCUAUGAAAUCCACCAGUUCCUGAGAAAUCUCAAUAGGUCUUCACUGGGAAAGCUCUACAAACCCAAACCCAUGGAUGAUGAAGCGUGUAAAACCACAGGGCUUAUACCUUCAAACAAUUUUUGCUUGAUACUCUAAGUCUGGUUUAUCAGAGCACCUGAGGAAGGGCAGCUGGAUGGGAGUCCCAGGCAUCAAUUUAGUGACUGAGAAUCUCAAAUAAAGUUUAUGGGGUUCAGACUUUGAACAAAACCCUCUCAGAGCCUUUUUGCAGCCACCAGCUUUUUGCUGUUUUGAAUUACACUCAAAGCCACCCAUCACAGCUCACCCUGAGAAACAACAGGUCCUUCAGCCUGUGCUUCCCAGAGACAAUUUGUGGCAGUCACUAAUAAAAAUGACAUUUUAAAAGGAAAAAUACAGCUUCAAUAAAACUUGGAGCCAAGCCUCUCAAACA